AUGUCGUUGCGGCAAAAGGCUGAAGCCCUCAGGCAAAAGAUCGAUAAUCUCCUCAUGACUGGAGGCGACAUAGCGGUCCCAAUUCUCAGGGUCGUCAAUUCUACCGCUGAUUGGUGUCCCCCCCUAAAGAUGGCGACUGGCGGUGCACUCUCCAUCUUCGACGAGGUUAAAAAGUUCAAGGAGGACAAGGAGCAAUGGAUUGGUUUUGGUGAAUCCGUGGCUAGCACUAUGGCGAAGGUAGUUUCAGCCAUAAAGUCUUAUGAUAUGUCAGCGGGGGAGGCAGGGUCAUGGGUAGAGGGUGUCGCGGAGCUUGGGAGUACCAGCGCCCUACAGGAGAUCCAGUCUAAAAUCCAACAAAGACUUACAAAAUUGGAGGAACGGUCAGCUGUAAGGAAUGCACUGUCCCACUAUCGAGACCCUGGAAGAAUUGAGGGUCUAAAGAAAGAUUUUGACAAGGCGUUGGCAUCAUUUCAGCUUAGGACGAAUUUAACAACUGGUGUCGAAUUACCGACUAUAAAGGACGGCUUAGACCGUCUGGAGGGUACGAUUGACGUUAAAGUGUCGACCAUAGAGAGCAGUCUAGGCCAUAUGGAGGGUGCGAUUGGCGUCAAAUUGUCGACCAUGGGGGACAGCUUAGACCGUCUAGAGAGUGACCCAAUCAUCGAUAAUCUCCGAUAUCCUCAAAUCGCCCACCAUGAUUCGACAGAGGCGUGCCUAGAAGGUACCAGGGUCGAUCUCACGGAGCGUAUUAUGAACUGGUGUCGUAACACCGGGGAUAACGAGAACCGGCUGAUGCUACUGACCUCGGUCGCUGGCGCUGGCAAGACUUCGAUUGUGCACACGAUUGCAGAUAGAUGUAACAAGGAGGCUGUCCUAUUGCUAUGCUUUUUCUUCAGAGCAGGCGAACAGCCACGGCCGGACUGUUUAUUCAGCGGCAUUGCACGAGCUCUAGCAAGCCGUGACGCAGAUUACCGUACCUUCAUUAUCUCUGCCCUUCGAAGAGACCCCACCCUCUCAACAGCUCCAUUCACGAUGCAGUUCCAGGAAUUGGUGGCUUCACCUCUCCUCCAUAUGCGUCGGUAUCCAAGCCGUCCUAUGGUGGUCAUUAUCGAUGCUUUGGACGAAUGUGAUGAAGAAGCGUAUCAACCCCUUGCUAAGAUUCUUUGCGAGGAAGUACCCAAGUUACCGUCUUCCAUAAAGUUUUUCGUUACUUCGAGACAUGUUGAUCUUGUUAAUCGGUCCCUCUCACGCCAUUUUCCUAUCGAUCACCUCACCAUUGAUCUCCUGGGUGACACAAAUAUGCACGAUUGUGCUGCAUACAUCCAAUUCCAGCUACAAGAUCUUAAGAAAUGGCAUCCCCACUUGUCGCAUAAACUCCAAGACGAAGACAGUGCGGUGCAAGAGAUCCGGGAACAAGCAGGUGGUUUGUUCAUUUGGAUCAGCACCAUCUUUCGCUAUAUGAAGAAGCCUAGGAAGAAUCCUAUGAGAACACUGGAGAGCCUGCUCGACACCGGGACCAAACGAUCAAAGGUGCCCACUCAGAAGAUGAUGGAUGACCUAUAUACGAGGAUUUUGAAGAAGUUUGAUUGGGAGGAUGAAGAUUUUGUGCAUGACUACCCGAUUGUGAUGGGAGCGAUCUUCGUUGCUCAGCAGCCUCUGUCCAUCACAGCCUGGGAUGCAAUUCUAUCACCUUUUCUCAAUUCUUCUGUUCAAUAUGCUUUGGCCGAACUUGCUCCUCUGCUGUCAGGAGUUGAGGAUUCCCACAUUCCGGUUCGCAUCUUACACCAAUCUUUCCGCGAUUUUAUUGUCGAUCGGAUCGAUCCCCAAACAAUCAGCUCUCAUUUUACUCUGAUAACGGUGGGGGUGGAGAAUGCCAGGGUCGCCCUGAGAUGUACCGAGAUUUUAAACAAGGAUCUCUGCUCUGUGAAUGGCUUAGGACAGAUUGAAAACUUGUCUGAAAAAGAUGAAAUGCCGCGCAUUCCUCCAAAGGAGCUAUCUGAGCACUUUCGUUAUGCAUGUCGCCACAUCAUCCAUCACCUCAGUGGAGUCCAGGGACGGUCUGAGGAGCUUGCUGGGCCAGUCAGUAUGUUUCUGAGUCAGGAAGCAACUCAGUGGGUGGAAGUCUGUGUGAGAAUGGAAAACUACGUCAGUAUCUCAUUACUCCCUGAGUGGGCUAAGGUAUGGGUCAUGGAUUGUGUUAAAGAAACUGGCCUCAUGGUCUUCCAGUUGGCUGUUGACCACAGGGCUGUUAGCACACUGGCUGAAGUGCUUACCCGGCUUCCGUGGAACCUGAAAUUUUUUUCAAGAUUCCAGGAGGCAUAUGAGGCAGCAAACGAUUCUGUUGAACUCUGCCGUUACCUUUUUUCUGUGGACUCCAAAUCCUACACCCUAGAUUUGGCCCGUUCACUCAGCAAUCUAUAUCAUGCUCUUUCGGAUCUCGGACGGCACUCAGAGGCGCUCCCAUUCAUCGAAGAAAGUGUCAAACUCCGUCGCCAGCUAGUUGCCAUUAACCCAGGAUCAUACACCCCAGAUUUGGCUGGGUCACUCAUCAGUCUACGUAAUGCUCUUUCCAAUCUCGGACAGCACUCGGAGGCACUCCCAUUCAUCGAAGAAAGUGUCAAACUCUAUCGCCAGCUAGUUGCCGUUAACCGAGGAUCAUACACCCUGUAUUUGGCCAUGUCACUCAACAAUCUAUAUUGUACUCUUUCGGAUCUUGGACAGCAUGCGGAGGCACUCCCAUUCAUCGAAGAAUGUAUCAAACUCCAUCGCCAGCUAGUUGCUGUUAACCCAAGAUCAUACACCCCAGGUUUGGCUGGGUCACUCAACAAUCUACGUGAUGCUCUUUCCAAUCUCAGACAGCACUCGGAGGCACUCCCAUUCAUUGAAGAAAGUGUCAAACUCUACCGCCAGCUAGUUGCCAUUAACCCAGGAUCAUACACCCCGGAUUUGGCCAAGUCACUCAACAAUCUAUAUCAUGCUCUUUCGGGUCUCGGACAGCACUCGGAGGCACUCCCAUUCAUCGAAGAAAGUGUCAAACUCCGUCGCCAGCUAGUUGUCGUUAACCCAGGAUCAUACACCCCAGAUUUGGCCAUAUCACUCAACAAUCUACGUUUUGCUCUUUCCUAUCUUGGACGGCACUCAGAGGCACUCCCAUCCAUCGAAGAAAGCAUCAAACUCCAUCGCCAGCUAGUUGCUGUUAACCCAGGAUCAUACACCCCGGGUUUGGCCCAAUCACUCGACAAUUUACAUGGUGCUCUUUCCAAUCUCGGACGGCACUUGGAGGCACUCCCAUUCAUCGAAGAAAGCGUCAAACUCUAUCGCCAGCUAGUUGCUGUUAACCCAGGAUCAUACACCCCGGAUUUGGCCAGCUCACUCAACAAUCUAUAUAGUACUCUUUCCUAUCUUGGACAGCACGCAGAGGCACUCCCAUUCAUCGAAGAAUGUAUCAAACUCCGUCGCCAGCUAGUUGCUGUUAACCCAAGAUCAUACACCCCAGGUUUGGCUGGGUCACUCAACAAUCUAUGUGAUGCUCUUUGCAAUCUCGGACAGCACUCGGAGGCACUCCCAUUCAUUGAAGAAAGUGUCAAACUCUACCGCCAGCUAGUUGCCAUUAACCCAGGAUCAUACACCCCAGAUUUGGCCAAGUCACUCAACAAUCUAUAUUAUGCUCUUUCGGGUCUCGGACAGCACUUGGAGGCACUCCCAUUCAUCGAAGAAAGUGUCAAACUCCGUCGCCAGCUAGUUGUCGUUAACCCAGGAUCAUACACCCCAGAUUUGGCCAUAUCACUCAACAAUCUACGUUUUGCUCUUUCCUAUCUUGGAUGGCACUCAGAGGCACUCCCAUCCAUCGAAGAAAGUGAUCAUACACCCCGGGUUUGGCCCACUCACUCAACAAUCUACAUGGUGCUCUUUCCAAUCUCGGACGGCACUUGGAGGCACUCCCAUUCAUCAAAGAAAGUGUCAAACUCUAUCGCCAGCUAG